GUUACGGAGGCAUCCCGGAAGUAGCRGCCGUUCUAAAGUUGUCACGCGCGUCCACCUGCUACUAACUUACCUGUUCGCUGUCGCUGAAACCACCAUGGCAGAAAAUACUCAGGUGACGAGCAGAGAGCAAGCUCUGGAGGGAAGACAGGAGAAAAUGGUCGUGGCAGACAAGCAUGCAGUCAAUGGGAAUCCCACUGUGGAGCCCUUUCCAGAAGGCAUGGAAACCAUCAUGUUUGGAAUGGGCUGUUUUUGGGGAGCUGAGAGACUCUUCUGGCGACUUCCAGGAGUUUUCUCCACACAGGUGGGCUAUGCUGGAGGCGUUACAUCUAACCCGACUUACAYAGAAGUCUGCACAGGUCGGACAGGCCACACCGAGGUGGUGAGGGUGGUCUUCUCCCCUCAGGACAUCAGCCUCGAGGAGCUGCUCAAACAUUUUUGGGAGAACCACGAUCCUACACAAGGCAUGAAGCAGCAUAAUGACGUCGGUACACAGUAUCGUUCAGUCAUUUACACAUCCAACCCCACUCAACAGGAACUCGCUCUGAAGAGUAAAGGGGUCUUCCAGCAGGAGCUGAAGAAGAAAAACCUUGGACCAAUCACAACAGAAAUUCUGGAGGGGCAGGAGUUUUUCUACGCUGAAGACUACCAUCAGCAGUACCUUAAGAAGAUUCCCAAAGGCUACUGUGGCCUCAAAGGCACCGGGACUCCUUGUCCCAUCGGCGGCAACAAGGAUGAGAUUUGAGGAUGAUGAUGGAAAAUUUAUGGAUGGUGAUAAAAAAAAUUGGAGAAAAAUCAAAAUUAUUUUUGUAUCUACAUUUGAUCACAAGAUUUGAAUAUCUUCUAAAAACAGCUACACAAUUAAAAAAAUUCUAAGUUUUUUUUAAGAGCAUCCAUUGUAUUUACAGGUAAUCAUAUUAGUCAAAUCAUAAAUAUUUAAUCAGCCUGAAAUAAUUUGUUCAAAGCCUCAGAACCUCAGUGUACAAAGAAUUCAUGAAGGAAAGUGAAAAAGAAUAAAAUAAAAUAAAGCACUUGAAAGCA